UGCGUGUUCAGUCAGAGGCAAACUUUUCCCGGAGCUGUUGUUGAAGCUAUCAUGUCAUGGAGUCUACUGAGUUGCCUUUCCACCAUCUACACUCGGAUGUACAACUUCAUUAAGACGACGUCUCCGUUCGUGAUCGAGGCCUCGAUGGUGACGCUCUAUUUUGGCGCCAUCGUGGGCAGAUACGUACUAAUGAUUUAAAGAGGAUCGAAACUUUUCAACUGUUUUCAAAGUACAAAGUAUAUUUUGUGUGGCAAUGUGUGAAUAAGGCAGAGAGAUGGCGACAGAUGCAUGUGAAUAUAUGUGAAAAGUAAUUGCUUAAAUUUAAA